AAAUUCACAGCACUUUGCAUCAGCACUUUGUGCUGGGCAGAGCUUCCCUGCACCCAGGCACCCUGGGAGAGUGGGGCUGCUGGACAAGCCUCCCCAGGCAGCACCCAGAGACAGGCUGGGAGGGAGCAGCCACUGCUGAGCUCUGGGGCAGGUGUGUGAGCUGGUCUGAGCCUGGCACUGCAAGCCUGAGAGCAAAGCAGAGAACCCUUUGUGGGAAUGCCCCUUGCAGGGACUCCUGCUCCUGUUAAAAGGAAAAAGUCCACUAAACUCAUUGGGAAGCUGACACAUGAAGCUAUGCCACAAGAGGUGUCCAAGCUGAACCUGGGGAAGAAGAUCAGCAUCCCCAGAGAUGUGAUGCUAGAAGAGCUUUCUCUCCUCACUAACAAAGGAUCCAAGAUGUUCAAAUUACGUCAGCUGAGAGUGGAGAAGUUCAUUUAUGAGAAUAACCCUGAUGCCUUCACUGACAAUUCUGUGGAUCACUUUCAGAAGUUCAUCCCACCAGGAGGGCAUUAUGGAGAAGAUGCUCAAGGCUAUGCCCAUGGGCGGAUGGUAGGAGGAAUGCCAGCUGGGCAGCAUGGCUCCAGUACGCAGCAGCAUCCUGGUGUCCCUCCUAGGCUUGGAAGCAGAGGAGGCACCAGAGAUGGUGAAGAGGAGCAUGCAGGGAAAUCAUCUGGAAGUGGUGGAGAAGGAGGCGAUGGUACUGGCAAAGAUGGAAAGUCAGGAGGCAAAAAAGUUACUAUAUUUAAAACUUAUAUUUCCCCUUGGGAACGAGCAAUGGGUAUCAGCCCUGAGGACAAAAGUCAGUUCUCCACGGACUUACUGUCAUACAGCCCUAAAGCUGAUUUUCCCCAUUACAAGUCUUUUAACCGGACUGCCAUGCCUUAUGGGGGUUAUGAAAAAGCAGCCAAACGGAUGACCUUCAAAGUGCCUCAGUUUGAUAUCUGCCCUUUGCUCCCAGAAUCUCUCAUGAUCUAUAAUCAAAAUUUCAGCAAAAGACCCUCCUUCAACAGAACCCCAAUACCUUGGAUGCCUUCAGGAGACUUCUCAGAGUACCAGACUACAGUCAAUGUGCCAGUGUGUGGUGAAACAGAAGAGCUGUAAAUCCCCACUGCCAAGACCUUCCCUUUUUUCUCAGCCCUUUCUCUUUGCAAGUUGAUAGUAAGGAGCGGAAAAGUGCAACUCUAGUUCUGCCAGCUCUUCCUUUCUUUUGCCCGCAGCCAAGACAAGUCCCUAGCAGGUUUUAAACUUCUCUUCACUAUAUUGUUAAUCUAAAUCACACACAGUUUGAGGAAAAGGAGCUUUUUAUUCACUAGCACAUUAGAGGCCAAGACUAAGGAAGUGUUUUUCUGUUUAGCAAUGCUACAUGCUGCCUGUCUGAUUGAUAAUGAACCUGUUUUGUCAUAUAUUAACAAAAAAAUAAAACACCAAGAUGAAAAAUA